AUGCAGCCUGCACAGGGACCCGGGGCGCCCACGUCCGGCCGACGCGGGCGAGCGCCGGGCAGCUUUUCACCGCUCACCUCGGCCUCUCACGCCACCGCGUCGCCCUCAACUCCCUCCUUGUCCUCCUCGUCUGCCGCCGCCGCUACCGCCGCUCUGCAUGGCAAGCAGCAGCGCCCCGUCUCGCUCUCCCGCCGCCCGCCGCCGCCUUUGCGGCUCGAGUCGCCUACGUCGGCAUCCGAUGACAGCGCCAGCAGCGCGGCCGCUACUGCCGCCGCAAUUUCCUCGACCGGUGCUUCCUCCAUCAACGUCAACAAGUCGCGCCAGCGCGUCGCCUCGCCGGGCACGCCCAUCUACUCCCACUUCACCUCCCACGCCAACAAUAGCAACUCCAGCCUGCACAGCUUCUCCUUCUCGCGCCCCAACCCGGGCUCUCCGCGCGUUGUCACUCACGGCUCGCCCACGCUGCAUAAGACGGAAUCCCGCAAGAACAUCGCCACGCAAGGCAUGUUUGAACCUUCGCUGCCCUCAACGAACAGCUCGAACCUAUCACAGGUCGGCAUGCCGCCGCCUCAGCCGCCCCAGCAAGGCGCCUUGUCGGCGAGCCAGAUUGCCGCCCAGGCAGCCGUCAUGUCGCAUCAAAAUACCAUGCACAACCGCCAACGCUCACAAACAGUGCCGUUUCCCAUCGAAAGUAACGACGGCCCUCGGAGAGGCAGUGGUAGCCGGAUGCCCACCAGCCCGCCCACUCUGAGCUUGACCGAGGCCAGCGCGCCGCGGGAUGGCGGCUUUGGGCCCCCAGGCGGACUGUACAUUAGCACGGCGUCCUCCGCGGCCACUACUGCCGCCAAUGUCGUAUUUCCCAGGUCCGGCCACAGCUCCCCGCGCGACGCCAACUCGCCGCAACCCAUGCUGCCUCUGCCUCCGCCUAUUCCCGCGUCGUAUGCAGAGAAGCCGCUCUCCAAGUCAGAAAAAGCCAAGGCGAAGCUGUUUUCGCGGCCCGUCAAGAUGAGCGCGGCCAAGUCCGAGGGCAAGGACAAGGCGCUUCCGAGCCCAAGCAAGAUUGGCUCCGCGCUGUCGGCGCUUCAGCGCGGCAAUUUUAGCACAACCAGCCUGGUCGACUCUUCAGCGCAUUCGCUGUACAGCUUGACAAACUCGUCCUCAGCCACGAUACGGCCCGCCGAUUCGGCUAACGUGGAAGAAAAGAGUAAAGAAAAGCGGCAUCACUUUCUUUCCCGGCAGAAGCAAAAGCUCAAGGACGAGUAUCAUUUGCCUUUAUCGUCUGCUGCUAGUAAUUCGCGGCCCACUGAUCCCAGUGCGCCCAGCAGCUUAUACAGCUUUCACCUACCGUCUAGCGUCGGCCUGUCAACGUCUGGCUUUUCCAAAUCAAGAAAGGAAAAGAAGUACGGUGAUCGCUCCGAUAGUCGCCAAGACAAUGAGUCGUCCCUCAAUCUUACUGGCGACAUAUCUGGCACGAUCCCGUUCCCGUCACUAUCGCAGCAGAGCACUCUGUGCGACACGUCUGAGGCUGCACGACUUGGGCUACAUAUUCCUUCUACUUUGGACGAGGCUUGGCCAUUUCUGAAAUCGCUACUGGUGGUCGUGUUUCAGGGCGAAGACUUGCGCCUACCAGUGGAAGAUAUCAACCGCAUUGUGCAGAUGCAUAUUCAAUUAUGCAUCCUCAAGAGAUCUCCUUUGAGCAUGCUCGACGACCUGCGGGAACUUCUUGCCAAGGGUUUCUCUUUCUUAGAUCAUACGCUUCGUCAAGCGCCGGAGGACAGAUUCAUCCCAACACUAGUCGAAAUGUGGCUCUUUACUUUUACAUCUAUUCUACCAUAUCUACAAGCCGUCUUUGUGCCGCUCGAGCUAGAAGUGGCUGGCCGCGGUACCAUUCUAACCUACGAGCAAGCUCGCGACUUUUGGGGAUCGGUAUCCGCAACCAAAGACAAUAUUACGAAACCGACGCCGGCAACCGUCGUCUUUGAUACACGAAGACUUGUGCUCGCUGCCUACCGCGACAGUGUCAUUCUUCCGCGCUACGAGACGCUCAAGACUAUCUUUUCGCGCCUGUCUCUCGAGUUCUUGCCCUCGUCUCUCGCUGGUAUGGCUCUGUCCUCCCCCGCAGACUCAGCUGCCGCCAUGUCAACCUCGCCGCCAGAGUACUUUCCGCCGCUGAUGCGCCCGGGCACGGCCAUGUCGCACGAGCUGUCCGUGGGCUCCUACAACUCCAACAGCACGACGCUGCUCGGAGGCGACGACCGCGGGUCAUCGUCGGGCGGCGGGCGCAGCCGCGCCGUCAGCAACGUGUCGUACGGGAGCAGCGGCAGCGGGGGUGGCGCGGCCCUGCGGCCGUUUACGCCGUCGAACGCGCAGGUGCUCAGCAGCGUGCGCGAGCAAAAUGUCGAGGACUCGAAGCAGGUCACCGACAUGGUCGGCCGCAUGCUGCAGUGCGUCAGCGUGCUCGCGAGCCUGGCGGGGGGCGUUGCUGGCGACGCUGAGCUCGAGGGCAGCAGACGCAUGGCGGAGCUGUGCCGCAUGCUCAAGCUCAACUGGCUCGGCCGCGGCCGCACCGGCAGGAAUAGACGCGGCAUGGUGGGCGGGCGAGUGCGCAGAGAUGAGAUCCGCGAGGAGCUGCGUGUGGUGUAG